UUUAUGAAUUUGCUAAUUUUAUCAUAUUUAGGCUAUAUAAUCUUGGCCCUAAUAGCCUAUUUAGUGAUUGCUCCAAUUCCAAAGCUCUUAUACUUUAAGAUUAAAUACGGAUCAGCUGUUGAUAUUUAUUAUUUUCCUUUCAUUGGAUUAAUAGGACAAAUUGUUAUAGAUUUGAUAUUUAGACAAGAUGCUUUCUAUUCCUAAAAAAGAUAUGCUAUAAAGAAUAAGAAACUUAAAUUACACAUAUCAAAUGAUUUAAAAGGUGGAGUUCACUUCUCCUUGGUUGAUCCUAAACUAAAGAAGUUAGUCUUUUUUGAUUAAGAAUCUUAUAAAAAGAUGGAAGGCAUGCCUUUUGCUGAUACAUUUAUAGAUUAGGGAUUACUUUUCUAAAAUGGAAAGAGUUGGCAUAAUUCAAGAACUAUGUUGACUAAACAUUUUACAUAUUAAGAUUUAUUAGCAAUGGUAGAAACAUUAAAAUAAGAGUGCAAAAAACUUGAAUUAAAAGAUGGUCCAAUUGAUAUUCUUGCCUUAUUAAAAUAAUUGACUAGUACAACUAUUACAAAAGCCUUUUUUGGAAGUGAUAAUAAUACUAUAUCAGAUUUGGGUGUUGAAGUCAACAAGAAUAUGGAAAAGAUGAUGUUAUUCUUUUUAAAUCCAUUAAUAGUUUUGAGAUGUUUUGCAUUAAAACUAAAUAAAACAACUACUCCUUCAUUUUUAUUAUCAUCAAGUGAAAAAGCAUUUCUUAGAGAAUUGUAAGCUUAAAAAUAAAGAAUUACUGCUGAAAUAGAUGGUGGAAUAAAAAAAAUUAAAGAAAAUUAACCUCUUUAAGAUAAUAUAUUAAACACUAUGUGUAAAGAGAUUGUGAAUAAUAAUAUAACGAAGGAAGAAGCUAUACAUUAGUAUUUCACUUUGUUAAUUGCAGGCAUAGAUUCUACAAGUCAUGUUGUUAAAAACUUUUGUUAUGCAUUAGCCCUUUAUCCAGAAGUAUAAAAUAGACUUAGAGAAGAUAUUGUUAAGAGUAUACCAUAAUUUGAUGGUUUAAAACCAUCAUAACUUGGUUAAUUGAAAAUGUUAGACAACUUUAUUAAUGAAGCUUAUAGACAUUUUACUGCAGUUCCUUCACUUUUCAAUAGAGUUGCUCUUAAGGAUGUUUAAUUAGGAGAAUUCACAAUCUAAAAAGGAUAGAGUAUGGAUUUAAAUAUGAUGAUGAGUCAUUUUGAUCCAUCACUUUAUGAAAACCCACUUAAAUUUGAUAUUGAUAGAUGGAAUUCCCCAUUAUUAGAUCCAUAUUCAUUCACACCAUUUUCAGCUGGUCCUAGAAAUUGUAUUGGAUAGCACUUAGCCACUUUAGAGAUGAAAACCUUGCUUGUCUAUUUGUUACUCAAUUAUAAUCUAGAACUUAAUAGUGGUAAGAUUUAAUUGGGUUUAGCAAAUAUGUAUGGUCCAACAAGAACAGAUUUCUUAGUAUUGAAAAAUAUUAAUAAAUAAUUAUGAGUUCAAAUCCUUAUUUUUUGAUUCUUCAUCAUUAAUAUGAAUAAGCUCUCCAAUUAUUGGUUAGUGAUGAUUAUGAAACGCUUGUCACCAAAUCUUUAGCUCAAUAUUAUCUUGGGAAAUAUGAGGAUGCAUUACUCACAUUAGACAAAGCAAUCUAACUCAGUUCUAAUAGGUUUGAAGCCUAUUAUAGAAAAGGUACCAUCUAUUAUGUAUCUAGGAUUGAUCAACUUUAUAAGUGGAAAGAUCUAAUAAGCAUAAUUAGAUCUAUAAAAAAGCUUUGAACUCAAUCCAAAACAUAAGGAAACAUAAUAAUAACUUUUGAAAUGUGAACUAGAACUUAAGAAUACUAAACUUAUCUAAACAGCUUAAGAAAAGUAAACUAAAAUAUUAUUUCUAGAAUAAUCUAAUAAUUAAAAGAAGUUCCAUAGAAUGUAGAAGCCUAAAGAACUGAUAUUUAUUCAGCCUCAGGAAAAUUAAUGUAUAAAUGGUAUCAAACAGAUUUAAAAGUUGGAAUCGAAAUACACCAUGCGUUACCAAAUAGUGGUGAUUUAAAAUAUUAGUUUGAAAAAGAAAAGUAUUGAAUAAAACAAAAAUUUAGAUUAUAAUUAUCAUUUCCAAUUGAAAAGGGAAAUAACUUUGAACUUGAUUUAGAUUUAUUUGCUGAAAUUAUUCCAGAAACUAGUAAAGCUAAAGUUGGAUUAAAUUCAAUCGAAAUUAUAAUGGAUAAAAAAGAUAAAACAUUGAAUUGGAGUAACUUAUAGAAAAAAGUUGAAGAAUAAUAAUAAAUUCCAGUAUUGGAAUAAGCAUCAUACCCUACUUCAUCAAAAAAAAAGAAAGAUUGGAGUAAAAUAGACAAAGAAAUCGAAGAAGACAUUAAUAAGCAUAAGGAAGAAUAUGGUGAAGAUCCCUUAAAUAGUUUAUUUAAAUAAAUUUAUUAAAAUGGAGAUGAGAAUACAAGAAGAGCAAUGAUAAAAUCAAUGUAAACUUCUGGAGGAACAGUAUUGUAAUAAAAUGAUUAUAAUUUUAUAUAGAUCAACUAAUUGGGAUGAAGUUAAAGCUAAAGAUUAUGAAAGAAAGGAUAGACCCUCACCACCAAAAGGAUAAGAAUAUAAAAAGUUAGGAUGAGUUAUUAUUAAUAAAAAAUUAUUUUAAUA